ACACAAAUCCCAACCUCCACAGUCCUCCUUUCCCAUCUUCCCCUUCCUCUGCAGCGGAACGGGAAAACGCCCGACCCGACGCGCUCGCUCCUCACCGUCGUCUUCCUCCCCGUUCCUAGUCCUCCUCCGCGAUCCAAAUCCUAACUAACCUCAGCCUCCCCCCGCCCCCGCCGGAUGGGCGCCGUCACCUCGACGGUCGCGGCCCGCUUCGCCUUCUUCCCGCCGAGCCCGCCGUCGUACGGCGUCGCGCAGCCCCUGCCCGCGGCGGAUGCCGGGGCGGAGGUCGGGAAGGGGAAGGAGGGAGGCGGCGGCGUGGUCGAGCUCACCGGCGUGCCGCGGAGGGGCAACGUGGAGGCGCGGCGUCUGCGGACGAAGCGUGGCACGGAGGUGGUCGCUAUGCACGUGCGGCAGACGGGCGCGAAGCUCACGCUGCUCUACUCCCACGGCAACGCCGCCGACCUCGGCCAGAUGUACGAGCUCUUCGUCGAGCUCAGCGCCCACCUCAACAUCAAUCUCAUGGGCUAUGACUACUCUGGUUAUGGGCAAUCUUCUGGAAAGCCCAGUGAGCAAAACACAUAUGCUGAUGUAGAGGCUGUUUACAGAUGUCUCAUAGAAACCUAUGCAGCCUCUGAAGAAAAUAUAAUUCUUUAUGGCCAAUCAGUGGGGAGUGGUCCUACUUUGGAUUUGGCCUCCCGUUUGCCUCGUUUGAGAGCAGUUGUUCUACAUAGCCCAAUUUUGUCUGGCUUAAGAGUGAUGUAUCCUGUAAAAAAUACAUACUGGUUUGACAUAUAUAAGAACAUUGACAAAGUUCCAUUAGUCAGGUGUCCUGUUCUUGUGAUUCAUGGUACAGCUGAUGAGGUUGUUGACUGUUCCCAUGGGAGGGCAUUGUGGGAACUCUCUAAAGUGAAAUAUGAGCCUCUGUGGGUCAAAGGGGGAAAUCACUGUAAUUUGGAACUCUAUCCAGAAUAUAUUAAGCAUCUAAAAAAGUUUGUUGGAGCCAUAGAGAAAUUGCCACCCCCGAAUGAUGAAUCUCCGGAGAGCUCUGGCCCGUCAAAUAGUAGUCAAACAGAACCUGUAGGUGCAGAGGACUCAAGGAAAAGUACAGACCACAGGGAGAAACCAAGACCAAGCAUAGAUCAUAGAAAGAGCACAGAUCGUCGAGAUAAACCAAGGGGCAGUACAGAUAGGAGGGACAAAAGCAGAAAGAGCGUAGACCAUCCAGACAAACCGCGUGCUAGUGUCGAUCAAUCUGACAGGCCAAGAAAAAGCAUUGACCGAUUUGGAGGGAUGAUGAAGGCUGUCAGGUUACGCAAUAUCGACUGUUUCAAAGUAACGACUUCUGGGAGCUGAUGACACCAAAAAGGUUAGUGUUGUGGGGGCCCGUCUGUAUGUAUUCCACUGUGUAAGUUAAUUCAUUUGGGUGAUUGGUUCGGUUGUAGGCGGUAUAUCUCAUACAGUGGGGGGUUGUGAUGUUUCCUGAUUUUUUUUGUUUCUUGUGAGGUGAAAUAAUAACUUGUUUAUAACCUGUUCCAUUUUGCUUCUCCAUAUGAAUUGUUCGAAAAGAGAUAUCGAUGCAGAAAAGUAAGCUAUCUGUGACAAAAGAGCUGAUUCGUUUGGUA